CUGCAUCAAUCGUCGCCCAUGCAACAUCCGAAGCUCUGUAUUGGCUAGGAAUUUGCCAAAGAAUACAGUAUCACUACUCCAAGUUUUGAACCCCUUCAAUAGCACUCCCUCACUCACUCACAUCCUCACAACAAACGCACCGGGCCAUCUACCACUACCCCGCUGGUGCCCAGGAGUCAUCUCAACUUCAAAGCAUCCACACACGCAGCGCUUGCACAGUAUGACAGAGGAGCUGGAACAAACGACUCUCAUACCUCAGGGUCCUUCAGACAAGGAAAAGAAGUAUGAUCGCCAGCUCAGGCUGUGGGCUGCUUCAGGCCAGGCCGCACUGGAAUCGGCCAAUCUUUUGCUUAUUAACUCGGGAGCCGGCACAGUUGGUAUUGAAACGCUGAAGAACCUUGUCUUACCCGGCAUUGGCAAAUUCACUAUUGCCGAUGGUGCCGUUGUCCAGGAUGUGGACUUGGGCGUCAACUUCUUCCUAGACGAAUCAUGUCUCGGUAAAUCAAGAGCUCAGUGUUGUACGGAGCUGCUCCUUGAGCUUAAUCCAGAGGUGGAUGGAGUUUGGAAUUCUGCCGUGACGGAUGCCACCAGUCUUCAAGAGCUGCUUAAUGCACCAGAGACUUUCACCAUGAUCAUGUAUAGCCAUCCUUUACAACCUGGAAUGCUUGAAGCCAUUGAGGCAUACGGCCGUCAGCAUCGGACGCCACUUAUAGCCAUCCACUCAGUAGGCUUCUACUCCUACUUCCGGAUCACAUUACCAGGAACAUUUCCCACUGUGGAUACUCACCCCGACCAGACUGCAACGACAGACCUGAGACUGUUAUCCCCUUGGCCAGAACUAUCCGAGUUUGCCAACGAAAUGACCAAAGACAUCGACAAUCUUGACCACCACGACCAUGGUCAUAUUCCCAUGGUUGUAAUUUUGCUUUACUAUCUUGACAUCUGGAAGAAGGAACACGGCGGCGCUUACCCAACAUCUUACGGCGAAAAGACAGAAUUUCGCCAACUCAUAUCCAAGGCCACAAGGCGAGACAAUCCUGAGGGAGGUGAAGAGAACUUUGACGAAGCUUUCGCAGCUGUAAUGCAGCAUGUGACUCUGCAACCAGUCCCUUCAUCGCUUAAACAGGUCUUUGAUUAUGAGCAUACGGAUGAACAAGACUCCAAGUCCAGCUUUUGGAUCAUUGCCGAAGCUUUAAAACAAUUUUAUGCUGAGAACGAACGCCUACCCGUGGCUGGUGGCUUGCCUGAUAUGAAGGCGCAGUCCAGCGUCUACAUCCAGUUGCAGAACAUCUACAAGGACAAAGCUAGGCAAGAUGUAAACGACGUCUUGUCCAGAGUCCGCAAAAUAUCGGGAGGUGAAAACAUCGGCUUGGAGGAAGUAGAGCUGUUUUGCAAAAAUGCUCGCUUCGUUAAACUCAUCAACAACACAGGGGAAGCGCCGCCAAGCAUGGAGCAAAUCAUAGAACGAGAGCUAAGCAAUGACGAAAUCGCUGCCAUUGCCGGACCGGAAAUGCCGACAUCGCUGAUCCCCAUCUACCUUGCCUUGAGCGUGCCAUCGCAUGCUUCGGCGGCAUCCGCUGAUGAGAUUGUAACUGCAGUCUGUCAAAAGGCACCGGCUCUUGAGGGCAAUGAGCGCUUGACUCAGGUGGCUCAAGAAUUAGCACGAGCAGCUGGCGGGGAGCUGCACAACAUCUCUGCCGUAACUGGAGGGAUGGUGGCGCAAGAGGUGAUCAAAAUCAUUACAAACCAAUAUGUUCCCAUUGACAAUACUUGUGUGUUUGAUGGGAUUGAGAGCCGAUGCCAAGUCUUGCGAUUAUGAGACUUUCACUCACGCAAAUUUGAUGACACGGGGUCGAUGUAGGCAAGACGAGAUCAAUUGCAUUUAAGGGCCAGGGAAUCAUACAUGGGCAUAGCAGCUGCUAUUUUUGAAUUAAACCCACAGGAACAUCCAUAGAAUGGCGGUAGUCAUAUUAUACCAGAAGAUUCUGCAAUGAAGAUAUAAAGCCGGACAGGCUUGAAAAGGCAGGUUGACUGUAUGUUACAGGGCCAUACUAAGAUAUGGCAACAGUUGUACUUCAUUGCCCAACCCAUCGUUAGAUAUUUAGGCCAUUUCCUUGCAUAUAAUGCAAUCCAUAGUUCUAACAUUAAGGUGGAAGGCUCAGACAGAAAGAAAUCCUCAGACUGUACCUCCC